CUGCCUGGUGGAAAAUUCCUCUAGCUUUCAGAAACUGUCACUAUAUAUACAGCGUUUAAGGUUAUGUGGAUUGAAUAUUAGACCACAUCAGAAAGUGGGAUGAAACAUUUAAUAACAGUUUGUCUGUUGGUUAUGGUCACAGCCAAAAAGGAGUUUCGGAUAGCCUGGAUGGCCCCCAAGAAGGAGUAUUAUGGAUUAAGCGCUGCGUCAAGUGUUCACGCCUUAAAAGCAGCUUUGACCGCAAUCAGAAGAUGGCAGGAGUCCGAUACAACCAUUCUCUCGGAUCACAAAGUUUCAGUCCGAUGGUACGAUACAGACUGCAACGCAAAGAGUGCAUUAGCCGCUGCCGUGGACGCUAAAUCCAAGUUUGAUCCGCACCUCUUUCUCGGUCCGCCAUGUUCAGUCGGGAUGGAUGGAGUUGCUCUUCUGGCGUCGCAUUGGAACACUCCAGUGUUUGGAUGGGUGUCUCAAGAUUUAGCUUUUCAAGACAAGACAAUGUACUCAACUUUAGUGCGGUUUUUAGGACCUUUGAAUCGAUUUCCCAAUGUGAUGUUCCAUUUGCAGUCUCUUUUUAAAUGGUCGCAGUUUUCUGUUGUUCAUGACAUUAGAGAUCCCUACAGGGCAGUGGCAGAAGCUUUAGGUGAAUAUAAAACCUACGGAAACAAAGAUAUGGAUUGGUACACCAUUGUCAACACUUUCCAAGUGUCCAACGACAUAGACGAUAAAGAAAUAGAGAAAAUCUUCCGUCAAAUUCAAAAGUACUCGCGAAUUGUUGUUAUGGCCCUACCUUGGUUGGAUAUGCGGAAAUAUAUGCUGGUAGCCCAUAGACUUGGAAUGAGUGAUGGAGACUAUGCUUUUAUCUGUAUCCAUGGAGAUCUUUACACAUACGACAGAAUGAAGACAGAUGUGUUUUCUGAUUUGGUAUGGAGAAAAAAUGAUUCAUACGAUAGUAUAGCGAAGGAUGCAUUCGAACCAGUUUUGCAUGUCAUGAUAAAACCCUUAGAAAAAAAACGUUGGGAUUUAUUCAAAGAUAUUACAAGAAAAUUUGGUUCAAAGAAAGAUCCAAACUGGAAUUUACCAGAACCGCCAGGAAACUACACCACACCGGAUGCCUAUGCGCCGUACCUCUAUGAUGCUACAGUGGUUUGGGCAAUUCUUGCAAAUAAGAUAUUGAAAGAAAAUAAAAAUCCCCAUGACGGAGAGUACAUGUUCUUGAAAGCUACAAAACUUACAGCCGAAGAGGAGGUUGGUGGAUUAACAGGAAAAUUGAGCUUGGAUAACUUUGCAGACAGAAAUCUAAACUUUCAAGUCUUAGACAUGACUGAAAACGGCACAUUUGAGAGAAUUAUAACCAUCAGAUAUCAAAAUAAACUGAUGGAAGUCAAAUUUGAAAACAAUAAAACUGAGGAAAAUCUCAGUCGCUGGCCAAACGGUAAAGUGGGCAUCAAAUACGCUCCUCCAGGCGAACCAAUCUGUGGCUUCGAUGGAAAGAAGUGCCCAGAACAAAACGAACAGCCAGACAGGACAUUUAUCUACGUCUUCUCUGCUGGUGGAGUUGUGUUUGUCGUCGUUGUGGCUACCAUUCUAUAUUGCAUUCUAAAGCGAUACAGAAGGAUUAAAACAUUAAAAAGUAUGAUCUGGCAAGUUCGGUUUGAAGAGAUUGACUUUGUCACUGCGUUGCUGACCGGAAGUGUAAGGUCAAGUUUUAAAAACCUUGCCAGAAGAAAAGGAAGCGGCAAUAAAAGAAAAUCUCGUCCAAGUAGAACGGAGAGCCCACUACGGAACGCCAUUCAGACCUCGCCUGAUCAUUCCCCAGCAUUCCUCAGUAAACCGGAACAGGGGGCCAUAUUCGGCUCUGUGGCUCACAUAAGAGGAAGCCUUGUGUCGGUAAAGCGCCUCACGAGGAGCAAUAUCAACUCGACCAACAUGCCAAAGCAAGUGUUGGAGGAACUUAACAGACUCAUGGAGAUGAAGCACCAAAAUUGUUGUGCUUUCGUUGGAGCAUGUAUAGACCCCGGUCGAAUCCUUCUACUGUGGGAAUACUGUCACAAAGGGAGUUUACAGGAUGUAAUUUGGAAUCAAAACAUCAAACUAGAUAGAAUGUUCAUGUUCGCGCUGUCUCAGGAUAUAGCAAAGGGGUUAGAUUUUGUUCACAAGAGCUCAAUUCAUUACCAUGGAAACUUGAAGAGUUCUAACUGCGUGGUGGACAGCCGAUGGACGUGCAAGUUGGCGGACUUUGGGGUUCCAGGCCUACGUCAUUCUGACAAGUGUCAUAAAGAGAAUGAGAACCCAGACAAACUGCAAUGGACUGCGCCUGAACUGCUUCGAUUGGAGAAGUCUAUUGACGAACAAAAGGUCGAUAUCUUUUCUCUGGGGAUCAUUCUUAAAGAGAUCUUCACUCGAUCAGGUCCUUACACAGAAUACCCUUUCCUAAGAAUACACGAAUUAAUAGACAAGGUGCGAUACCCGGUGUGUGGAGCCCCAACAUUCCGUCCAAAGCUCUCUGUGGAAGUCCAGCAAACACCAGAGUUACACGCCUUGAUUGAUGAAUGCUGGAAUGAAAGUGUGUUCGUUAGACCUUCUGCUGGGAGAAUACUGAAAACUCUGGCUAGAAUUAAUCCUUCAAAAAUGACUAUGAUCGACAAUAUGAUCGCCAUUUUGGAAAAGCAUGCCAAUCAUCUCGAGGAGUUGGUGGCGGAGAGGACCAGUGAGCUAGACGCCGAGAAGAAAAAGACCGAGAACCUGCUGUACAGGAUGCUCCCACAAUCUGUUGCGGAUGAUUUAAAGAAAGGAAAGCCUAUUGAAGCGGAACAUUUUGAUGAAACAACGAUUUAUUUCUCCGAUAUUGUCGGAUUUACAACGAUAUGUGCCGGAAGUACACCAAUACAGGUGGUCAACUUGCUCAACAGUUUGUAUACGCUCUUCGAUGACAUCAUCACAAGAUAUGAUGUUUACAAGGUUGAAACAAUAGGGGAUGCAUACAUGUUGGUAAGUGGUUUGCCAAAACGGAACGGAAACCGACACUCCAAAGAGAUAGCAGAUUGUGCAAUGGAUAUCAUGGCCUCUAUAGGCACUUUCUGUAUCCCACAUCAGCCGAACGCAAAAGUGAAAAUAAGAAUAGGAAUCCACUCUGGUCCGGCUGUCGCAGGAGUUGUCGGCCUUGCUAUGCCACGAUAUUGUCUCUUUGGUGAUACUGUAAACACUGCCUCUCGCAUGGAGUCAACUGGUUUACCUCUCAAGAUCCACUUAAGUUCCAUGACAAGAGACCAGCUGGAAACGUUUGGUUGUUAUCACAUAUUGUACAGAGGAGAAACAAACGUCAAAGGCAAAGGAAUCAUGAAAACAUAUUUUUUGAAUGGCAGGGAUGGUUUUACAAAAGAAUUGCCAAGCAUUUCUGAAGAGGGGAUGUGUUUAAAAUUUUCACCAUCUGCUUCAAGUGAUCUACACUAUAUGGGGGUAGCUACCUCACCCGGGACACCCAAAACAAGCGUAACUGCAAUUGGCGAAGGACUAAAUAUAGAAAGAAAGGAAAUGCCGUCUGUAAAGGAAACACUCCAAGGACUUUCUGGAGAGGACAGUAAGAAAAAGUGUGCUUCUGAUGUCAUGUCUCUGACUUUAGGUGACGUCUUACCAGACUCCGUUAAAGAAACUGUAGAAAGAUUCCGAAAAACGGGAUUGAACUGUUUUCCGCAAGAUACAAAUGAAAAAGGAAUAUCUCGAAGGCAUAGUUACAAUGAUGCACCAAAGAAAAAUUGUUUCAUCCCUGCGUCGCAUGAUGCUGUGCCAAUUUAUGAAGAUGCGUCUUAUGAUAUUAGAAAGAAACUGAGUACAGGUAGUGAGGCAGCGGAUUCUGGGAGAGGCAGCUUCCGGCGAACGGGGAGCAGCAGUAGCUCUUUGAAUGACGUCAUAACCUCGUCAUUAAAGAAUAUAACUUGCUUGGAUGAAAUCAAUGUCAAUUGUUUAAUGAACAGAAACGUGAAAUCUUUCCCAGACAUCAUGAAUUCGACCCCAAGAGAAAAUGGUAGACUCCACAAGCGGAAGUUCAGCACAGGGGAUGUUAUAGAUAGCAUUCAGAGUUACAGGAAUGGAUAUAGUGCUGGAAAGCUCAAAAUACGCAAACUAAGUGCUGAGAGUUUCUUUGAAGGAUAUUGCAUAAGUAAAAAAACUCCAAAGCAGGAAGAAACUCGAGGAAGGAAAUACAGCAUAGAAAGUUUCAUCCGGGGGUUAUUGGGGAACAAAACAAAACUGAAUAAAUCACAAUCAACGGUGAAAGAACCUUGCAUGAUAAAGAGCAUAGAUAAACAUAUCAAAGACUCGCAUCCUAUGCACAGUUGCUCUUUAACGGAAAACUGUCAUGAAAACCUGGCUUUCCAGGACGACCAAAACGAAUUGCAUGACCACGACGAAGCAACAGUGCAGGAAAUUAUGAACGAACUACACGAAAUGGCAACUGAUCCGAACAAUAUGGCACCUGGUGUCUUACCGGCGGAUAAAUUGCCAAUUUCCCUUGGACACAUCUUUCCUCGGCACAGAGUUCUAACCAAGUCGGACUCGGGAUACGGUACACCUGAAAACUUGAGCAUCGCGAGCGCCACAACUUUUCUGUGAUAACAUUUUAACAAUAUUGUCGACGCUUUUUUGUUUCGUCAUAUAUGCAUGUAUUAACGAUCAUCAGUGUUGUUUGUUUUUACUUAACUGUGCCAAAAUAUCAAAUCAAAUCUCACAAAAAUGUACUGUGCAUCUUUAAAUACAUCUUACAACGUGGUUUUUUCUCUCCAUCAUACUGCUUACCCGAAAAUAAAAAUGUCUACAGCAUAUAAUCAUAACAAAUGUCAUAUAAUUUUGAUUUUCUCUACAAAUAUGUAACAAAAAACUAACUCGAAUGUUAACAUUAUAGAAACCCUUUUACAUAACUUUAGUAUAUAGUACAGAUAAUUCGCCUUUUAAAACCAACCAUUUAAUGGAAAAGACAUCGAACACACAAAUGGGAGAAAACAAGAACCAUAGAAAACGCAUUCACAACACAGACACACAUGUUCAAAUGACAAUUUGCUUGGUUCUAAUAUUUGCUAAUUACUGAAAUUGAUACACCGCAUCAUUAAAAACGUUUUACAACUAUCUUACCAGGUAUCCAGUAUCUAUCAAGCUGCAUUGUCAAAGAAACAUUGAAUGCAACGUAGGGUAACAGUGACCCGUCUUGCAACAUAAAGGAAUAGGUCGGGGGUUUGGUUUGGGUAAUCGAGUUGGCAGGCGGUAGUUUGCUUAUAAAAAUAGUGCAUGAAAGGAGUGAAAAAAGGUGGGGGGUUUUCAAAAAUAAAAAAUAAAUGUUUUUCAUUGAAAUCAUCAAGUUUGGCCAUUUGUAAACAAGAGAAAUUUCUUUGGGGAAUGGAAGAGCUUUGUAAAGAGAUAUAUAAUUUGUACUUUUUGUUGUAAAAAUAGUGUAGAAAACGAAAUUCAAUUUUUAUUACAUUGUCCUUUAUAUCACGAUUAUAGAAGAAUCCUUUUCGAAAAUACUGGAUUUAAUCCAUUACUAGAAUUGUCAGAUACAGAUACACUAAAUAAUUGUUCUAAAUUCAAAUUAUCCUCGACAGGUUGCCAAAUACUUAUAUCAUUCUUUUACAAGAAGACAAUCUUUAUUGUUCAGAAAAUAAACAUAUACUGUAUUAUAUAAACUGUGCAAACUCAAGCGUACUAAAGGAAGCUUUAUACUUAUACAUGUUUAUUUUCAAUCCGCUUGAAUCUGUGUUAUUUUCUUUUCUUUUUUCAUGCAUAAUGUGUUUGAAGUGACAUAUAGGCCCGACGGGCCGGUUGUUAAAUCUAUGCUUACUGUUGUUGAUAUUACACUUUGAAAUGUAUACGUACGUCACCAUAAAUAAAUAAAUUACUUACUUACUUAC